AUGGUGGGAACGGCUAGUUUUGUUCAAAAAUUGGGUAAUUCAGUUAAGAAAGUGUCGGAGAGCAAAUCUUCAAGUUGGUGGUACAAUCAUCACAUGCGUGCCGCAUCUCGUGCCAUUUUUGAGCGAAUCCCACUUGUCGAUCUUGUCCUUGAAGUCAGAGACGCAAGGAUUCCAAUGUCAUCAGGAUACGAACAAUUGAGAUACUUCCCAUCUUCCUCAAGGAACAUUAUUAUACUGAACAAAAUGGAUCUCGCUAAUCACUCAAAAACUAAGGAAUGGAUGGCUUACUUCAAGGAGCGGAAUUACAUACCUUAUGCUAUCAAUUCUCAUAACAAGGACAGUAUCAAGGAGUUCCUGAACUUUCUACAAGCCAGAGUUAGAGACAUAAGAAGGUCCACACAUUCUAGUGAAACUCACACCACUACAGUAAUGCUCGUCGGAAUUCCAAAUGUUGGGAAAUCUGCUUUUGCGAACUCCUUGCAUCAGAUAGGCAGAAUCAGCGCUGCAGAGAAAGGGAAGUUAAAACACGCCACUGUGAGUCCACAGCCAGGGCAGACAAGAAACAUCAUCAGUUUAAAGAUUGCAAGCCAUCCUAAUAUUUAUAUCUUGGACACCCCCGGAAUUUUGCCUCCCAAGAUUCUUGAUGCUGAACUGUCUGCCAAAUUGGCUUUGACUGGAACCAUUGAUGACAUUCUGAUCGACCAGUCAGAGCUUGCUCAGUACUUUCUCUCUAUACUCAAUUUCAGUGAUGAAUACAAGAAAUGGGCAAAAAUUUCCACCACGGAUGAUGACGAAGCAGCAUUGUCUCUUGGAGCAUCUUCUGGUGGAUCAGAGUUUGACAAAAGAGAGAAUCAAAUUGUGAACGAUCAUACGCAGGAUUUCGUGGUUCGGGCUGUUCGGCGAGCUCUGUUUCAUGAGAUCUCAGCUUUCAAAGGUAAUCUGGAAGAUGAGAAGGACAUGGUACAACUGAUUGAAGCACAGUUUACAGCACUGAGAAAAGCUUUCAAUGUUACUUCAAACCCAUGUGGAGAUACUACUGGCAAUGGCAUGGUUGCUGCCAAGCUUAUUAAUCUGUAUCGUACUGGGAGACUUGGCCAUUACACUUUAGAUACCCUCCCAAGGAUUUCUGAAUCCUGAUUUAUAUGUUAGAUUAUAACUUGUA